GGUAUGGAAUAGCAAAUCUCUUUCAGAAGUUGCAUGGAACUAUGGCCGUGUUCCGGGUUGGCGCAUCAGAUGGUGACUGGAUUGUACCAAAGAAAAGGGCCAUCGUCGCUGAGCCAUGUUGAUGAGGUGUUUGAUCUGCGCCUUCUGUCUAUUUGCAUGCUGCAUACUGAACCGGUCAAGCCAAUCGAAAAGGAAGCACUUGCAUGACUUCAAACUGCGAAAUGAUUCCCCUCCUGUGUGGUGCAAAUGUAAGGUACUGGCUGUACUUUGGCGACUUGCACCUAUAAAUCGUAUACCCACCCGAGCCAUCCUUCUUUGAAUGAGACCGUUGACUCGACCUAAUUCUUCAUUUUUCGAUCCAAAACCACCGGGGCACAUCAAAAGCCUCAAAGCUUAGCCAGACAAGAGAAGAAAAAGAGAGAAAAGAGACCCGUAUCGACAUCCACUUCGAAAUAAAUAAAUCCCCAAUACCUUGGCGCAAUUAAUAGUUUGGCCUCUCUUCCUUCUCAACGUCAACCUUUUCACUCGCAACGUUUACUUGUAUCUGUUUUUAUCAAUCAAUCGCAUCAAUCAACUCUCUCCAUUAACACCAUGUCGAACCAAGGUUACUACAACAAUCAACCCCAAUAUGGUGGCCAGCCUCAAUAUCCUCCCAACGCUUAUGGAGGACCACCACCACAACAAGGCUAUUAUCAACAAGGCCCUCCACCUCAACAAAUGCAAUAUGAACAACAACCUCCUCCAAAGAGUUCCGGUGGUGGAGGAGGAUGUCUCGGUGCUUGUUUCGCAGCUCUCUGUUGUUGUUGCGUAAUGGAAGAGGGAUGUGAGCUCUGCGUUGAAUGUGCCGAAUGUUGUUAGAGCAAGCCGCUGCCAAACCCACGCGAUAUCCGUUACUAUUCAUCCAUACAAACGCCGUCUCGAAAUUGCCUAAUCCACUGGCGCCUCAACACAUCUCCAUCACCAGUAUCGCGAUUCAAUCGAACAGAUCGAUGGCUUUAUACUUGCCCAUAAUGUUUUCCCUUCCAGCAAGCCAGCAACGAUACAACGCCUUCCAAAGUCCCAACUCGUUUUCCACAAUCAAAUCACCUUGUUAAUAGAUUCAUAUGAUUGAAGUAACAAAUUCGGCUUUCCCACGCAUUUUUCCUUCCUCUCACAUAUCCAGUUUUUUUCAUGUUCUUCCAGGUCUGCGUCUCUUCUCGAAUGGAUCACAGACUUUCUGCUUCCAGCUAGUUUUUAGGGUUGGUUGGUUGGUUAAGAUAAGAUAAUGAAUGACUUUUAUUUAAUAAUCUAUGCGUUAUAGCCAGGUAUCGUGUGAUCUUUGAAUGUAUGUAUGUGAUUUACAUUAGUAUGGUUUCGUUUUCAUGCUUUACUAGAUAUGGAUAGUGCAAUGUGAAUGCCACGGUGGAUGGCGAAUACGUGGAAUGAUCUGAGACUUUUGAACUUCGCUUGUAUAGGCAUUCAAUAUUGCAGCAGCCAGCAAUCCUCC